AAUAUGAAUUAUUCAAAAUCAGACGAAUGCGCAAAUUGAAGAUCAAUUAUUCUUUGCUAAACCAACUGCUCCUAAAGCUGCUUCCUGAUUGGUCUGUUCAUCACUAACAGAAGAGUUCUCCCUCGCAUUUUCCAUCGCCAUGUUGCGGAGUUGACAGACUUACGAAAAUGUCUCUUCUUCUACUUCUAAAAACUUGCUCCAAUCUUCGAGGGAAAUCUGACCGAAUAGCGAGGGUCACUUUUAGAGGUGUAACAUAUCAGACAAGUGUUAUUGAAAACUGUUCUGAAGCUGAUUGGGAUGAGGACUUUGAGUGGCCUUUGGAGAGUCCACUGGACCCCAGUGAAUUCAUUGAAAUUGAAGUUUACAACUUCAACAAAAUCUUCAACAACAGACUGGUUGGAGUGUUUCGCAUGGUACUCCAAAAGCUCAUUCAAGAUGGGCAUUUGGACGUCAGAGAAAGUCUUAUUGACAUGAACAACACAGUACUCAAGGCCAAUGUUGAACUUGAGUUGCAGUACAACCCUCCUGAAGGAAAUGUAUCCCAGUGGGUGAAUAAUAUCAAUGAUUCCCUUGAUGCCCCACCCCAUGUUGGUUACAUGCCUGAUGGGCAUUACCAGAUGGACCCAUACAACCCUGACCCAUAUGGGAGAAAAGAAGAAAGGAGGGCAUCAUUCAUGGGAAGUACAUUUGGCAGCAAGGCAUCAAAGAGCCAGUCUAUGACGAGCCUCACCUCUGGAGGCCAGCGGCAUCAUAGUCGAAAGGAGUCAAUGCCUGCUUCCUUUGGAGGAGGUGGACGCCUGAUCACACCUGGUGAGGGUGGAAUGGGUGGAUCACCUUUUGAUGCAAUGUUGAAAGGAGGUGAAGGACUUGGAAGCCGAAGAGGAUCACAGAUCAGUAUGCAGAGUGAUAGAAGCAUGAGCAUGAAGUGCAGUCACGCCCAUCCAAGAGUAAGAGCGGAGAAGAAAAUGUCAGUUAGAGAACAGGAUUAUCAGAUACAAAUUCGAAUUCUUGAGGGAAGGCAACUCGCAGGUACCCAGAUUGAUCCUGUCUGUACUGUAAAUGUUGGCAAUCAAAAGAAGAGUACAACUGUAAAAGAACAGACCAACUGCCCCUUCUGGGACGAGUUUUUCGUCUUUGAUUUCAAGAUGCCUCCUAUGGUUUUGUUUGACAAGAUCAUCAACUUCCAGGUUUUCACUGGAAGGCAUUUAGUCAGUCAGGGUAACCUGAUUGGGGCGUUCAAGCUGGAUAUAGGAACUGUCUAUGCUCAACCAGAUCACAGAUUCUGCCGCAGAUGGGCGGUGAUGACAGAUCCUGAAGAAACACUGGGGGCUUCUGGCGCAGGUAUCAAGGGUUAUCUGAAAGUGGACAUCACUGUGCUUGGGAAAGGUGAUCCUGCAAAGGAACCUCCAGGCAUUAAGGACAGUGAUGAUGAUAUUGAAGGGAAUCUCCUACUGCCUGAAGGAGUUCCUGCUGAAAGACCAAAAGCCAGGAUUAUAGUCAAAAUUUACAGAGCUGAAGGAUUGCCAAAGAUGAAUAGUGGUCUCAUGGCCAAUGUCAAGAAAGCAUUCACGGGAGAGGUGCGAGACCUUGUGGACCCAUAUGUGGAAGUUUGUUUUGCAGGACACAAAGCCAGAACAACUGUCAAGAAGAACACAUAUGAACCAAAAUGGAAUGAACAGAUCGUUUUCUCAGAGUUGUUUCCUCCACUUUGCAGAAGAAUGAAGGUUCAACUAAAGGACAGUGACUCUGUUUCUGAUGAAGUGAUUGGUACACAUUUCAUUGACCUCUCCAGGAUAUCUAAUGAUGGUGCUAAUGGUUUUAUGCCCACAUUUGGUCCAUGCUGGGUGAACCUUUAUGGAUCUACAAGGGAUUACUCACUGUUUGAUGAACACAACGAUCUAAACAAUGGACUGGGAGAAGGUGUGGCUUACAGAGGGAGACUGUUGAUGGCUGUACAAGCAGAGUUUGGAGAAUCUGCAUCAGAGGCUGGAAUCCGUCAGGUGGAGGUGGAACCAACAGCUCCUAUCUCUGAUACUGCAGCUGGAAAAGAGGAUCAAUUUCAAUUAUAUGCCUGUUUUUACGAGGCCAGCAUGAUUGAGAGAAAAGUUGGCGACAAGAUGAUACAAUUUGAGAUGAGCAUUGGUAACUAUGGGAACACAAUUGAUGGACAGUCUCUAGCGGGUGAGGUAGUGGACGAGGUACGCAAAAAUGGCGAGAACCCAUUUAUCCACCCACUUACACCACCUGUCAGACCAGUGACCAAUGACAGACAGUAUUACCAUAUACCGUGGGAGGACUCGAAGCCCUGUGCACACGUGAAGUUUACUUGGCAGGAUCAUCGUAGACGACUCUACAACUCUAACGUGCUGCUAAAGAUCUGUGAAAGACUGGAGGAUGGUUUGACUGACUGUCUGGAGAGAGUGAAGAUGGACUUACCCAACACCUACCGAUGGCUCAGUCGAGUUCUUGCAGAACUCAUCAACGGAUGCAAUCAAUAUCUCAAUCUGGUGAAGUCUAUGCCAUCCUCCUCUCAUGUUGGACGCACCAAGCUGGACAAGGAGCGACUGAAGCUGUGUCAAUACGAGGUAGAGUCUGUGUGUCAGUCAGCGCAGGAGCUGAAGGGGAGCACAAGGGAUGAUGGUCACAUCAAAGACAAUCUCAAGGCUGCCAACGCACUUCUUCAAAGACUUCUUAACAUUGCUAUUGAGCCACAAGAAACAACGCCUGAUGUGUUCAUCUGGAUGCUGUGUGGAGGCAAACGAGUGGCUUACACCCGCAUUCCCAGUCAGCACAUAAUCUACUCCUUAGUGGAAGAAGAGAGAGGAAAAGAUGCAGGCAGAAUGCAGACAGUGUUUCUGAGGCUUCCUGGCAAGCGUGGUGACGGACCUAAAGGAUGGGCUAUUCAGGCCAAACUGAAUAUCAUGAUCUGGCUCGGUCUGCACAAACACAAAAAGGAUUAUCUGAAAGAUGCCCCGAAAGGAUACCAGACGCCAAAGAACGCUCACAAAUUGAUGGCCCCUCCGCCAAAUCACCUUAUCUACACAGAAAAACAGAAGUUCCUUUUGCGAGCACACACAUACCAGGCGAGAAGUUUGAUUGGCAGUGAUGCAUCUGGACUUUCAGAUGCCUUUGCCCGAGUGAUCUUCACACACCUUGUGGCUGACACCCGAGUGAUCUGGGAGACAAGGAGUCCAACAUGGGACCAGAUGCUGGUGUUUAGAGACUUGAUUCUGUGGGGAGAUGUUAACGAAAUUGCCGUCAACCCUCCAACCAUUGUCGUUGAAGUAUUUGACAAAGAUAUUGGAGGUGAUUCUGAGUUCAUUGGUCGUGCGUUGGCCAGACCAAUUGUAAAGAUGGCUUGUGAACCUUACGAGAAGCCGUUCUUUCCGCCAGCAUUGGAGUGGUUCCAGAUUUUCAGAGGAGAGGAGAAAGCUGGAGAACUACUAGCUGCAUUUGAACUCCUGCAGCUAUCUGAGGGCACAUGCUUCUUACCUACUGAAGUCGAACCUGUCAACACUCCUGAUGGACCAAUCACACCCGUUCCUGACGGCAUUAGGCCUGUUAUGAGGAAGCACAGAAUUGAGGCUUUGUUCUGGGGCGUCCGUGAAAUGAAAAGGAUAAAUCUGACCACAGUGGAUAGACCUCAAGUGGACAUCGAUCUUGCUGGUCAUGUUAUACAAUCCACUGUCAUCACAAAUGCCAAGAAAAAUCCCAACUUCCAGAACCCAGUCAUCUUUUUUGAUGUGGAACUACCUGAGAAUGAGCGUUAUUGCCCACCGCUGACCAUCCGUGUUAGAGACUGUCGUACAUUCGGUCGCUUUACACUGGUUGGGACUCAUGUCCUGAAUUCACUACACCGCUACUUACAGACUGGAGAGAAAGAGAAGGAGAAACUGGAGAAAGCAGAAGCCGUCGUAGGAGUAGGGAACACUACUUCUCGUCCAACUUCGCCAGUUCCCAAUGCACCGGCUGAUGUGGCAAUAGAGAUUGAUGAGGAUCCUCCUGAUGCUGCGGAUUCUGAGCCUCUGCUCUAUGCCUAUACACUCAAGGAGAAAAAGAAGAAGGCCGAGGGAGGGGGAGGUGAGGGGAAAGGCGAGAAAGGCAAAGGUAAAGAGGAUGAUGACGGCGAGGAUGCAUUGGACUGGUGGUCACGGUACUAUGAGACACUGAAAGAUCGUGAACGGAAUGAGAGGAAUGAGGAACAGAAAUCAUCGAGGCCUUCAAAGAAGAAAGACAAGAGAGAGGAAGAGUCAGAGGAAGAGAAGUUGAAGAAGAAGAUUCCCAGGCUAACGAUUUUUGACUCAGAAUUGGAAAAUUUGCUAGAGUACAACGGCUUCAACGACUGGCUUCAUUCUUUCCCACUCUACCGCGGCAAGAAGACAAGUGAAGAUGAUGACGACGACCACAGGAUUGUGGGGAAAUUUAAGGGCUCUCUGAAAGUGUGGAAGUACCCCCUGCCUGAGCACGUGGAAAUGGACCCGAUAGUUGGGACAUUCCUGAAGUUGCCCAGCAAUGAGCCUGUCAAUGUGCUUGUACGGGUUUACGUCAUCAAGGCCGUCAAUCUGCAUCCCUCAGAUGUGAAUGGAAAGGCUGAUCCCUAUCUAGUGGUUACGCUCGGAAAACACAAAGUGAGGGACCGAGAUAAUUAUGUGUCAAAGCAGCUCAAUCCUGUGUUUGGAAGAUGCUUUGAAUUCGAGGCGAUCAUCCCCAUGGAUUCAGUAUUGACUGUUGGCGUGUAUGACUGGGAUCUAGUUGGAAGUGAUGACCUCAUUGGGGAGAGCAAAGUCGACUUGGAGAACAGAUUCUACAGCAAACAUCGACCCACGUGUGGUUUGCAGGAAAGUUAUGCAACAUUUGGAUUCAACAAAUGGCGCGACCCAAUGCGCCCGACCCAGGUCCUUGCUAAGAUCUGCAAAGAUGAGGGUCUGGACGGACCUCAUUACUCCACGGGAAGAGUUCGAAUUGACAAUAAAGUGUUUGGCGCCACUUCACAAGUUCUUGAGGAAAGUGGUCAUUUCAAACAGUCAGAUGAACCUGUUGCUCUGAAAGCCUUGCGUGGUUUCCAUACGCUGAAGAGAGGCUUCAAUCUGGUGCCAGAACAUGUGGAGACCCGGUCUCUGUACAACCCAGAGAAACCUGGAGUGGAGCAGGGUAAAAUUGAGAUGUGGGUGGACAUGUUCCCAAUGGACAUGCCUUCUCCUGGUGCUCCUGUGGACAUUACUCCAAGGAAACCAACAACUUAUGAGCUGCGAGUGGUUAUCUGGAACACGGAGGAUGUCCUUCUUGAGGAAUCCAACAUCCUGACAGGAGAGAAAUGCAGUGACAUCUUUGUCAAAGGUUGGCUUGAGGGAAUGAAAGAGGACAAGCAACAAACAGAUGUGCAUUACAGGUCCCUCACCGGGGAAGGCAAUUUCAACUGGCGCUUCAUCUUUCCAUUCCAGUACCAGAAGGCAGAAGAAAGAAUUGUUAUUACUCGAAAGGCCAGUUUCUUCUCUUGGGACGAAUCAGAGGAGAAAGUUCCUGCCAGACUGCAUCUCCAAGUGUGGGAUGCGGACGCCUUCUCAGCUGACGAUUUCAUUGGUGAUCUGACGCUUGACCUCACGCGCAUGCCACGUGGAGCGAAGUCCGCUAAGACUUGCACGUUAGACUUACUCAAACAAGACGGCAGUGUGCCCCAGAUCUCUUUCUUCAAAAUCAAGCACAUAAAGGGAUUCUGGCCGUUUACUGUCAACACUGAUGAGGAAGUGCCUGAACUGGCCGGCAAAGUUGAAGCUGAACUGGAAUUACUGACUCAGGAAGAGGCUGAGAAGAAACCCGCUGGACGGGCGCGUGAGGACCCGCAGGCUUUAGAGAAACCAAACCGGCCUGAUUCAACCUUCACUUGGUUUAUGAACCCGUUCAAGUCUCUGAAGUAUCUUCUGUGGAACAACUACAAGAUGUGCCUCAUCAAGUUCUUGGUCAUUGGACUGCUAGUGGCCCUCAUGGGCUUGUUCUUCUACUCCAUGCCUGGUUAUACUGUGAAGAAGAUAUUCGGAGCAUAAGCUGCGCACAAGGCAAAGACAACCGUUGAAUUAUUCUUUGGGCUGCUAUCGAGUUAUUUAUCUAUUUAUAAGUUAAGAGAAAACCUAGUUGAAUGAGGUUUAUUUAAAAAGGUGCAAGGUAGGCGCCGUUUAAAUAUUAGCUGUUAUUGUUAUAGAAACAUUUAUUUUGUUAAAAAAAUAUUGUAUACUUACAAGAUUCAAUUAUUGGAAUUUAUUUUUAUUACCUUUUUUUCAGUUUUGUAUCAGUUUUUCUGCUAGAUUUCCGUUUUUUGCAGGUAUUCCUUUCCAAAAGGAUUGUUUUAGUAAAAUUUCGCCUACAAAGACUUUUUUGAUUUGAUCAAGUUCGUGGUAAGCUGACACGUUUGAGACGGGUCGCAAUACAAAAAUUCGUGCCAAAAUCUUUCAUUUGAAGUAUUUAUCCACCAUUUCUAUUUAUAAGUAUUUAAUUUUCGCUUUUGAAAUACUAAUCAUGAAACAUGGAAUUAUUUUCGUUGCAUGGAAUUCAAUGAGAAAUCUCAUGGGGAACAAAAAAGGGAAAGAAAAUAUUCCCUCAAAUAUAGUACCUUCCUUCCUUCUUUUAGCGUUGAUUUUAUGUGAACUUGAAGUUAGGUUACGUUGCAUGGGGUAAGACAGGAGCAAAGCCAAACAGGGGGUCACACAGUGUCAAACUAAGGGUCCUCUCCAGUUUUCGCCAUUUGAAUAUUACAAGUUUUUCGCUUAGAAAAGGCGUACAAAGGAGGGGGUUGGGGAAAACAGGCACCCCAGGAUCCCCGCUUCCCCUAGCUAGGUGUGGCUUCGGGCUUCGGUCUUUAUGGAGAAUGUCAGACAAAUUAUGGCUAAAUGGCUUCUAAAUAGUUUGUAUUCUUACAUUUUUUAGCGCAGGUCGUUCUUUUGAAUUGUAGUUUAGAACUCUGGUUUGACCCGAGAAUUAGAUAAUAGAGUUGAGCAUGGAAUUGAAAUGUACGUGCAUUGCGUUUAGAUAGUGGAUCUGCUGCUCGAUUCUUAGAGAAGGAAGGAUUUAUGUAGAUUUCUUUUUCUAUAAUUUCCCCUGUGGAUUCCUUUUUUUUUUUCUAGGUGCUAAAUGUACCUGAAAUUUAUUUAAGGUGCUCUGCAGACCUUUUGGUGGUCACGCUAUCGGAGCUUUUAAUCGCGGAAAUUGCGUGACAAUCUCAAAGAUUACGUUAUCUACCAAUUGGUUCUGUUUUGCAGAUCGAAGUAUCGAAAUUUAAGUGGCUUUAGGCCAUGGAAUGAGUUGAAAUUGUACAGAAUGAGAUGGCACAGCCGUGUACCUCUGCAGGUUGUAAAUAAUGUUGAGGCAAAAUUAACCAGACGUUGCUGGAGCAUAACAUAUCGUAGCAUAAUAUAAGUAGUAUGUUUAACUGAUAUCAGUGUUAAGUAAAAAUUACAAGUGGGUCGUAGUUAUCAGUAAUCAGUGUGGAGGUGUCGUACAUGGGGGUAACGUGAUUAUCAAAAACAAUAAAGAUAAUUGUGGUGACUUGUUGUCAUUUGCUGAA